CAGCGUGAGUGCGUGAGGCUCGCCCGUGGUCUCAGUUCGCACGUGGCGCCUGCGGAGGCACUUUGUGGCUGUGAGCGCUGGUGCAACUGCGGGCGCAGUCCUUCCGACUUGCAGUAUGAAGCGGCCGAAGUUAAAGAAAGCAAGUAAACGCAUGACCUGCCAUAAGCGGUAUAAAAUCCAAAAAAAGGUUCGAGAGCACCAUCGAAAAUUGAGGAAAGAGGCUAAAAAACGGGGUCGAAAGAAGCCUAGGAAAGACCUGGGAGUUCCAAACAGUGCUCCUUUUAAGGAGGCUCUUCUUCGGGAAGCUGAGUUAAGGAAACAGCGGCUUGAAGAACUGAAACAGCAGCAGAAACUUGACAGGCAGAAGGAACAGGACAAGAAAAGAAGACUUGAAACUGACCCUGCUGUUGAGCUAUCUAACAUGGAACCUGUGAAAGAGGAAUUUGGGCAAUACAAAGCUAAGAAAGCCAAGUCAAGCAAACAGAAUCCGAAGAGGCUGUAUUGUCAGGAACUUAAAAAGGUGAUUGAAGCCUCAGAUGUUGUGCUGGAGGUGUUGGAUGCCAGAGAUCCUCUUGGUUGCAGGUGUCCCCAGGUAGAAGAAGCCAUUGUCAAGGGUGGACAGAAAAAGCUGGUACUUGUAUUAAAUAAAUCAGAUUUGGUACCAAAGGAGAAUUUGGAGAACUGGCUAAGUUAUUUGACGAAGGAAUUGCCAACAGUGGUGUUCAAAGCCUCAGCAAAUAUGAAGGACAAAGGGAAGAGAAUCAAGGUAAAGAAGAAAGCUGCUGCAUUCAAAAGUGAAGUCUGUGUUGGAAAAGAAGGCCUUUGGAAGCUUCUUGGAGGUUUUCAGGAGACUUAUGGCAAAGCCAUUCACGUUGGGGUAAUUGGUUUCCCAAAUGUGGGGAAAAGCAGCAUCAUCAAUAGCUUAAAACAAGAACGGAUAUGCAAUGUUGGUGUAUCCAUGGGACUUACAAGGAACAUGCAGGUUGUCCCCUUGGACAAACAAAUCACAAUCAUAGAUAGUCCAAGUUUCAUCGUGUCUCCACUUAACUCUGCUAUUGCACUCGCUCUGAGAAGUCCAGCAAGUAUUGAGGUAGUAAAACCAAUGGAGGCUGCUAGCACCAUCCUGUCCCAUGCUGAUGCUCGACAGGUAAUACUGAAAUUUACUGUCCCAGACUUUAAGAAUUCUCUGGAAUUUUUUACUUCAUUUGCUCAGAGAAGAGGACUGCACCAAAAAGGUGGAAGCCCAAAUGUAGAAGGUGCCGCCAAACUGCUGUGGUCUGAGUGGACAGGUGCCUUCUUAAGUUACUUUUGCCAUCCCCCUACAUCCUGGACUCCUCCACAUUUUAAUGAGAGCAUUGUGACAGACAUGAAAUGGGGCUUUAAUCUGGAAGAACUGGAAAAGAACAAUGCACACAGCAUACAAGCCAUCAGGGGCCCUCGUUUAGCCAGUAGCAUCCUUUUCCAGUCAUCGGGUCUGACAAAUGGAGUGAUAGAGGAAAAGGACAUACCUGAAGAAUUGCCGAAACAGAAAGAACCGAAGCAGGAGGCGGCGGGGGACUAUGAAGAUGUCAACACUGACCAGGAAUGUGUUGACGAAGAAGGUGAUGAAAAGAGCUCAGACAUGUCCCCUGCAGAAGAGGCCUGCGAGGCACUGCCUGAGGACUCUCAAGCAGAUAAGCAGUCUGCACCAUCUUUCAUCUUGGAUAAAGUGACUGAAGAGGAAGAUGAUGCUUAUGAUUUCAGUACAGAUUAUGUAUAAUAGAACUUUGUCCUUCUAUAAUGGUGUUUUGUUGUUGGUUUUUAACAUUGUGAGCAGACUGCUAAGCUGUUCUCUGCGUGUGAUGUACCAGUUUGUUACAGUAUGACAUAAGCUGUGUAAAUUUUGUGAAUGUGUAUAUAAUGAUAUAUUCAUUUAAAACAAUCAGGCAACUUAGAAAGUGUCUAAAUUCUGUAAAAAGAUAACUCAUCUCUUAAACAGUGAGUGGGUAGAAGUAAAGUUAAAACAUACCUUAUUGAAAAAUGUAGUUUUUACUUUAUUUACAGAUUCGGCCACAGGUCACAAAAUUAAAACCAAGCAGCAGUGUUGAACUAGCUGUACCAGCUGUAUCUAAGUACAUUCACCUCUGGUCGUUCAGCACUGUCAGUAAGCAAACUCUUGGUAAGGCAGAUGGAGGCAUAUUUAUAGUCUGUCUGGGAAGCUGACUGCCAGAUGGGGCAGUUUGUCCUCUUUACCCAGCUGAAAUGUCCCUUGUCCCUUUGUUGCUGUAAACAGGCAUUGAAGCCUAGCAAGUGUUACUUCCCACACAUACUGUCUUCCAGGAUUUCCUGAGAAAUGCUUAUAGCAUACUUAUUUACUUUAUAUUUGAGAUCUCCACAUGUCUUCGGAUUAGGCUGAAUUUGCCUGUUGGGUCCGGAAUAUACCAUUUUUCCCAGACAUCAGUAUAUGAAGCAGUUCUUCCCCAUGGCUUAAAGUGCCCAUUCCAGUGGAGUAGCUUGGCAGCCUUAACAAACUGGGGUGAAUAUCGUUUUCCAGCACUGGAACCUUACAUUUAGGAAAAAAGAGCCAAAUGACUGUACUAGUCAGACAUAAGACUGCAGGAAACUUAAGGGAAACAAUAUAUUCCAUCCCUGAGGGUGGUCCUUUAGACACUUUAUUAGCUUAGGCCCUUGGUUAAUUAUCUACUUACCAAGGUGGCGAACAUUCCACAUAGGGUCGAUGGUGGAGUGCUGUUGAUAAAAUACGAUCAGCAGAGGUGGUGUGGUGAUGCUGCCGGCCAGUGUUCUACUGUACAGCCCUUCUCUUGGUGGGACAGAUAACAAAUGAAAGCUGUUAGUAAAGAAUCCUGACUAAUUCCUGUUAGUGAAAACUACCAGCGUUGAAAUAACAAGAGUUUUCACAGCUAGGCCAGUUACAUACUUACUCUACAUUGAGUUUCAUCCAUUUUUCCAGCUGGUUAGUUAUAUUCUGUCUUUUCCAUUCUGUCAAGUUUGCAACAAAAACUCCAGGAUUAAAUGAGCAGGUGCUGGCUUUCA